AUGGGCAAUUACGUUUCUUGCACCUUAUCCGGGCCGGCAGGCAGGCACUCCAGCAAGGGUACAAAGGUAAUUCUCCCCACCGGCGAAAUACGCCAUUUCUACGAGCCCACCAACGCGGCGGAGCUGAUGCUGGAAUCGCCGAACCACUUCGUUGUGAGCGCCAGGGGCUUACAGAUGGGGCGGAGAUUCUCCGCGCUCAACGCCGACGAAGAUCUGGAGAUGGGCGGCGUUUACGCCAUGUUUCCCAUGAAGCGGCUCAACUCCGCCGUCACCGCCGCGGAUAUGGGCGUUCUGUUCCUCGCCGCUAAAAGGGUGUCCCGUGGAAGUGUCAGAAUACUGCCUGAUCAUCGGUUAAUCAGAGACGGCGGCGACCAAGCUGGUGAUUUGCCUAGGUUGAAUUUGGAUGAGUUGGAAGAGUUGUCGGCGCCGGAGUUCAAGCACCGGAUGUCUAUGUGCAGGUCGAAGAAGCCUAUGUUAGAGACCAUCGUGGAAGAACCAGUUUAUUCCAGAUGA